AUGUCACUGAGUAAACAACCAAAUGACCACAUAAAACGGCCCAUGAAUGCUUUCAUGGUGUGGUCGCGUGGUCAGAGGCGGAAAAUGGCGCAAGACAACCCAAAGAUGCACAACUCUGAGAUCUCGAAGAGACUGGGUGCAGAGUGGAAGCUGCUUACAGAAAUGGAGAAAAGACCGUUCAUUGACGAAGCGAAGAGAUUAAGAGCCCUGCACAUGAAAGAACACCCAGACUAUAAAUACAGACCACGACGGAAGCCGAAACCGCUUGUAAAGAAGGAACCUAAAUUUGGUUUCGGUAUCAACGGACUCUUGGCACCAGUGCCGAGGCUAGUUACACAAUCAGUACCACAUCCAGUCCACCAAAUGCAGAUGCCGCAUCACUUACUGCCUGAUAAACCAGAUUUGGGACGAGCCUUGUUCCCACCGCUGCCGUACCCAUUCUAUCCUUUCGCGAAGAUUCCUUCUGAUGAUGGAAAGCUAGCAGCUGAGUUGGCACAUUUGCAGGCGCUGUACGGCGGUGCUCUAUAUAGCAGUGCAUUAUACAGUAGCGCCCUAUCCCCCUGCGGCUGCCCCCCGCGCCGCACGCCGUCGCCGCCGGCUGACGUCAAGCGCCCCGUCGCGUACGUGCUCAUGAAAAGUGACGAGGAACCCCCUCAACACGUCAUAUGA